UACGAUCGGUGAGGCGAUAUCCGUGGUGUGCACCAUGGCGGAAUUUAACGUAUGUACGUGCGCACGUGUAAUGUGUCGUGCGCGCGGUCGCCGUCGUUGUCGUCUCCGUGAUUGUGAUAAUGUAACAGGGCCCGCUCCGUCUCCGACGACUCUCGUUUCUAAGCUUUACAUCGCCCCCGACGAUUCUCCGCGGACUCCAGAAUGAGCACGAUCUUGGAAAAGAUCGCCUCUAUCGAGGCCGAGAUGGCCCGGACCCAGAAGAACAAGUCCACUUCUGGACACUUGGGUAUGUUGAAGGCGAAAUUGGCGAAACUCAGGCGCGAGCUGAUCACACCUAAAGGCGGCGGUGGAGGCGGCGAACAGGGUUUCGAAGUCGCCAAGACCGGUGACGCUCGCAUUGGCUUCGUCGGCUUUCCGUCCGUUGGGAAAUCCACCUUGCUGAGUACACUGGCUGGUGUGUACUCUGAAGUGGCUGAAUACGAAUUUACAACACUUACCACAGUCCCUGGAUGCAUAAAAUACAAAGGUGCAAAGAUACAGCUGUUAGAUCUUCCAGGUAUUAUAGAGGGUGCAAAGGAUGGUAAGGGACGUGGACGGCAGGUCAUAGCUGUCGCGCGAACCUGCAGCCUGAUCUUCAUCGUUCUGGAUGUGCUCAAACCGCUCGGCCACAAACGGUUAAUCGAACAUGAGCUGGAAGGCUUCGGACUGCGACUGAACAAACAACCACCGAAUAUAACUUUCAAAAAGAAGGACAAAGGCGGUAUCAAUUUGCAGACUUUGUGCCCACAAUCCGAACUCGACUUCGACUCAGUGAAGAUGAUCCUUUCGGAGUACAAAAUCAGCAACGCAGAAAUCACACUGAGGUACGACGCUACCUCCGACGAUUUGAUCGACGUUAUAGAAGGGAAUCGCGUUUACAUCCCUUGUAUUUACCUAUUGAAUAAAAUAGAUCAAAUAAGUAUAGAGGAACUGGAUAUUAUUUAUAAGAUUCCACACUGCGUGCCGAUCUCCGCACAUCACAAAUGGAAUUUCGACGAUCUACUGGAGAAGAUGUGGGAUUAUCUACAGCUCGUUAGAAUUUACACUAAGCCGAAAGGGCAACUUCCAGAUUACAACGCGCCUGUAGUAUUAAACACAGAAAGGCGAACCGUCGAGGACUUCUGUAAUAAGCUUCACAGAUCGAUCGCGAAAGAAUUCAAAUACGCGUUGGUAUGGGGUUCAUCGGUGAAGCAUCAACCGCAGAAAGUGGGGAAAGAUCAUCUACUUUGCGACGAGGAUGUCGUGCAGAUUGUAAAAAAAGUGUGAUUUUAUCAUGUGACGUUGUACGGUUAUCUCUCGGCAGCGCACAAAUAAAAUUUAUUAAUGAAAUUGAUACGA